CCAGAACAAAACAAGAUGGCAAUGAAAGGGUUGUUGUGGCUGCUGCUGGCAACGAUAGCGUCGGCCAAGUUACGUUACGAUGGACACAAAGUGUUCCGCGUAGUGCCUGAGGACGAGCACCAACUGCAAGCACUCAGGGAUCUGGAGGAGCAAAGUCAAGGGCUGAACUUCUGGACAAGCGCCAGGAGCCUGAACAGACCUGUUGAUGUCAUGGUGCCUCCACACUUGUUGAGAGACUUCUACGAAACAGCCCGAAGAAACCAAUUGACGACUGAAAUCUUCAUCGAUGACGUGCAGAAGACCAUUGACAGCGAGAGACCAGCGCAUAAAGUGAAAGAAGCUUAUGGCUGGACCGACUACUAUGAUCUCAAUGAGACUUAUGGCUACCUACAAUCUCUGGUCGAGGAGCACCCACAACACGUGGCGCUGUAUGUAGGUGGUAGAUCGUAUGAAGGACGGGAAAUUCUCGGGGUAAAACUCUCCUACAAGGAGGGGAAUCCCAAGAUAUUCGUCGAGUCAGGAAUUCACGCACGUGAAUGGAUCUGUCCGGCCCUAUCCACAUGGAUCCUAAAUCAGUUGCUAACGAGUACAGAUUCUGAUGUGAGAUUCAUCGCAGAAAACUUCGACUGGUACGUGUUUCCUAGCACCAACCCCGACGGAUACCAGUAUUCUCACACUACGGAUCGAAUGUGGCGCAAAACGCGCACACCUGGCACAUCCUGCGACGGGGUGGACCCUAACAGGAACUGGGAUGAUCACUGGAACGAGGGCGGUGCUAGCAGCAACGAGUGUUCCGAGAUCUACGCAGGGACGGGCCCUUUCUCCACGGUGGAGACUGCUUCACUGGCAGAUACUAUCACGGAGCUGAACCCCACCGUGUACUUCUCGUUUCACAGUUACAGCCAGCUGCUCAUGGUACCUUUCGGACAUCGCUAUGAGAUGGCCAACAACUACUACAAGCUUCUGGAGAUUGGCAACAUAGCGGCUGUCUCUCUAUCUAAGAGAUUUGGGACUCAGUACGUGGUGGGCUCCAUCAUUGAAGCCAUCUACGAGGCCACGGGAGGCAGCAUGGACUGGGCAAAGAGCAAGCUGAAUGUGACGUAUACUUUCGAGUGGGAACUGCGAGACAAGGGGAACUAUGGGUUCCUACUGCCCGCGGACCAGAUCGUGCCGACGUCUGAAGAAACGCUGGACUCCAUAAUAACCAUCCUGAGGAGAGUCUCUUUAGCACUACCCAAAAAUGAAAGCUAGCGUUUGUAAAAAUAUGAUGAAAUCUGAUCACUUUGUGAGAUCCCACAAUUGAGACCCAAACAGUAUGACGAAUGCCAAUUGCAAAAUAUGAGAGAAGUUGCAGAAAGAAAAUCUGGGGACAACGGAUAUCUACUGCCUUUCAAAUUCUUCAGUCUAUAAUUCCAGACAAACAAGAGCUCUAUAUUUACAAUUCGGUGACAGAUUUCUGUGUAAAUUUUAACAUAAUUCUACUAUCACAAAUUCUCACCAUGUAUUCAACAUCAUUUGUAAUUUAUAACAUAUAAAAAACUUUCAUGAAGGGGA